AUGAGGGAGAACCAGCCCAGGUCCACCUCCCGGGUCCUUCACCCUAACCCGGUUGGUCGGGCCUGGGUCAGGGAGAGGGCUCGCGAGACGCUGAGCACUUUGUCCCAUCCUUCUUGCUGCAGCGGCAGGAGCAGCGCCCCCGCGCCGGGCCUGGCGCCCGCCUGUCUCAUCUGGGACGAGGAGGACUCCCAGGGCCGUCGCUGCCGGCUGUUGAGUGACGGCGCGAACAUCUGUGAGCGCCGAGGCCUCCGCAGGGUGCGCUCCCUCAGGGUGGAAAACGGCUCUUGGGUGGCGAUGAAUACCCCGUAUGAAUACCCCGACUUCCAGGGACAGCAAUUCAUUUUGGAGAAAGGUGACUCUCCUCGCUGGAGUGGCUGGAGCGGCAGUGGCGGCCACCACAGUGACCAGCUGCUCUCUUUCCGGCCAGUGCCCUGUGUGGACCACAGUGACAGCCGUGUGACAUUGUUUGAGGGAGACAACUUCCAGGGCUGCAAGUUUGAACUCAGUGAUGACUACCCACCCCUGCCCUCCAUAGGUUGGGCCCGCAAGGAUGUGGGUUCCCUCAGAGUCAGCUCUGGAGCGUGGGUGGCCUACCAGUAUCCAGGCUACUGGGGCUACCAGUACCUAUUGGAGCAGGACUGGCAUGGUGGGGAGCUCCGUACCUACAGCAAAUUUGGCUCCCAGGCCCCCAGCGGGCAGCUGCAGUCCAUUCGGAGAGUCCAGCAAUAA